AUGAUCAAAGGAACUCCGACACCCAUAAAUAAGGAGGAAUUGAAAAAAUUAAAUCAAAUUUUAUAAUAACUUAUUGAUUCAAAUGAUAGCUUAGAAUUUAGAUAACCUGUUGAUUAUAAAACCCUAGGUUUACAUGAUUAUUUAAGUGUAAUUAAAAAACCAAUGGAUUUGGGCACUUGUGAGAAAAAAUUAUAAAAUUCAGAGUAUAAAUGUGUAGAAGAAUGUUUAGAUGAUAUCCAAUCAAUAUGGGACAACUGCAAGUUGUACAAUGGACCUUCUAGUGUAAGUAUAUAUCCUAAUUUAGUGGAUAACUAAACUAUCUGAGAAGCUUGAAAAAUCCUUUAAAAAAUAUGUGAAAAAUUAUCUCCCAUUAGUAAAUGUGCCUUAAAGCUCAAUAAAAAUUAGAAAGAUUACUGAUGAAGCAGUUUAGGAAGACACUCAUUUAACAAUUUCUCAUAGUGAGAAAGUAGAGUUCUCAAACAUUCUUAAAUAAUUAAAUCCUGAUCAAAUUGGUGCAUUAGUUCAGAUCAUUUAGACAGGUAGUCCAAGUGCCUUUGUCGUAGUCAGCAAAGAGAGAUUCUAAAUCAUCAUAGAUAAUAUUGAUUUUGAUACAUUUACAAAGUGCUAGAAUUAAAUUUAAACUUGGAUGACAGGGGAUGAGAUAAAUAAGAAGGUUAAAAUAUGA